GUCGAGGAGGAUUUCCAUCCCUCUCCUCUCUCUCCGAUCACACACACACCAUCCUGGUUUGAACCACCACUGCGUCUCAUCUGUCUCGUCGUCUGUCUCAUGGCGGCAUAACGCUUGUCCAUCUGUGUGGGUGUGGGUGUGUAUAUGGGUUUACGCAUACAUGUGUGGUUGGUUGUUUUUUUGUCCUGGACCGUCGUGCGAUGCCAUUUCUCCCUCAGCACGCUGAGCGACUCGAUGGGCUGUCUCUGCUCUACUGGACGAUCAUGGGCCCUCACGGCAUUAGUCGAUCUGUGCACAGGCUGGAGUUCUGCGACUGCAAGAAAGGACUCGGUGUGAAAAUAAUCGGAGGAUAUCGAGAGCUAACGGGGGAAGAGUUCGGCGUCUACAUCAAGCGGGUGAUUGGCGGCGGUUUGGCUGCUCUGGACGGUCGGCUUAAGUCAGGUGACCUGAUUCUGGAUGUCAAUAACAUCAGUCUGGUGGGCGUGACCAAUGAGAGGGCGGUGGAGAUCUUAAGGACAGCAUCACUGUCCAAUCACAUGUCUCUGCUGAUUGCCAGGGAUGAAGAGUCCAGGAGGGAGUUUGUUGAACUGAUGGAAAAGUACGGCUCCAAUAAUGUCCCAGUUUCAGGAAGAAUCUCCCCUCCUCAGCUGUCCACAGGGAAGCUGACAGACACGGCCUCCUCCUCCUCCUCCUCCAGAUCAGAGAGUCCACAGCUCCUCAGCCCCAAGGAGGCGGUCACCACCUACACUCACAGCCCCACCUACACCGCCAACACGCCAUACAGCGUGCACACACCCUCACACGCCUUUACUGACACCAUCAUUCAGUUGAUAUGUGUUGCCAAGGGAACAGGACUAGGAAUUGUCAUUAAUGGCGGAGCUAACCGAGUUGAAGGACCAAUGGUGUUCAUUCAAGAAAUUGUGCCAGGAGGAGACUGCCAGAAGGAUGGCCGAUUGCAGGUUGGAGACCAGCUGGUGUCCAUCAACAAGGAGUCUUUGAUCGGCGUGACGUACGAGGAGGCCAGGAGCAUCAUGACACGCACCAAACUCAGACCAGAUCCUACGGUGGAAAUUGCCUUCAUACGGCGGAGAUCAUCAUCCAGCUCCAGCAGCGGGCCUCAUAGUCCCAUCCUCCUCCAGGGCCCCAGUGCUGGAGGUGUGCCCAACACAAGGGCCCCUGGUCCGGGUGUUCCACCUCUGCAGCCAGCUGGGGUCACCAAGAUCACCUCUUGCCGCAACCCAGCUAGCGAGACUUUGCCAGCGAUGAACAUGACCCAGGUUCGAGUGUCUCCAAGUAGGACGGAGCAGACACGAGUGUCUUCCUCACCACACGGUGAAGAUGUCUCCGGCGUAAACCCUGAGCAGACGUGCAGUCAGACUCUUCAGUCCAAAUCCUCCCUCAUCAGCAGCAGCUGCCGCCUCAGACAGGAGAGGAUCGAGCAGGCUCUGGACCUGCUCGGUCUGACACCCACAGAGGCUCAGCGGCAGGCACUGAGCUCACGGCUCCAGGUUGAUCCAGCCGGUACAGUGUCCUACACAGACUUUGAGAGUCUGACCAGGGAGCUGUUCAAACCUCAAUUGGAGGAGCUGUCCAUCACCCAGCCAGGGUCAAAGUUCACAUCUGACGACCUCACCAGUUUGCUGGAAUCACCCACCAACCUGCCGUCAUCUUUGUCGGACUCAGAGGAGCUGGAGGAGAUGGAGAGGCUGAGGAAGGAGCACAUCGAGGCUCUGAGGGAAAUCAAGAGGCUUCAGGAGCAGCUGGUGGAGUCUCAGAGAGUUCACAAUCAGAUGGAGGAGGAGCUUAGCAGGGUCAAACAGGACGUCAAAAUGGGCGCGGAGGAAAGCCUCUCCCUGCUGGCGAGGAUCCAGCUGGCCGAGGCAGCGCAGAAGCAGGCGAGAGGGAUGGAGAUGGACUACGAGGAGGUGAUCCACCUGCUGGAGGCAGAGAUUGCUGAGCUAAAGGCCCAGAGGGCGGAGUCACAGACCAAGGUGAGUCAGGACGAGACGGAGGAGCUGAAGAAGCGAAUCGCAGUCCUCGAGUGUCAGCUACGGAAGAGUGAAGGGACCCAAAAGAGUUUUGAGAUUUCAGUAGCAAAGCUGCUGAGUUUUGUGGAGAAUGUUCAAGAAUUCCUGCUCGAAGGUCACGGACCCCCGAAGAGUUCCAGCUCUGGAGACGUUAAAGUCGGGGCGUCGUCCCAAAGCGUCGCUCCUCGAUACAGGAAGAGCCAGUGGAUGGCGGCCACUCUGGCGCAGGAGGCGAAGGAACUGACGAGGACUGUCAGAGCCAUCCUGGAGGUUGACUUGCUGACCUUCUAGAGGACCAGAACCUAAACCAGCUACAAAUCAUCAGCCAGAUGCCAGAUGUCUGUCUCCUCCCUAACGACUCCUCCAUAACCUCAACCUGAACCGGACUUUUGUCUCAGAUCUGCAUGAAAUACUGUUUUGUUUCUGUGAAGCACGUCACUUAUCAUUUAGGCCAG